AUGGCGUUGAAGGUGGUUUGCGCGGUACUACUAGCUGUGGCUGUCGCAGUACAGGCCCGUCCUCUUGGAAGUGAUGAAGUCGGUGCGGUGGUCGAUGCAAAAGACAGCCCCGGAUCUCUUACUGAAAGCGUUGGUUACGGUACUAAAUUUGGAAAAUCAGGGUUAGAUGAUCAUGGAUUCGGAAACUUAGGGGAUGACAAAGUUGUUCAGAAUUUUGGAAAACUGGGCCCUGGCUUUGGACGAGGUGGUCCUGGUUUCGCAAGCAAUGAUGCCGUUGACCCCAAGGAACACAUCAUAGGGGAACCCGACAUCUGA